AUGGCCCAGCUAUACUACAAAAAAGUCAACUUCUCCCCGUACCGAGACCGGAUCCCCCUGCAGAUCGUGCGGGCGGAGGCAGAGCUCUCGUCGGAAGAGAAAGCCUACCUCAGUGCCGUGGAGAAGGGCGACUAUGCCAGCGUGAAACAUGCCCUGCAGGAGGCAGAGAUCUACUACAACAUCAACAUCAACUGCAUGGAUCCCCUGGGGCGCAGCGCCCUGCUCAUAGCCAUAGAGAAUGAGAACCUGGAGAUCAUGGAGCUGCUGCUGAGCCACAGCGUCUACGUGGGGGAUGCUCUGCUCUACGCCAUACGGAAGGAGGUGGUGGGAGCUGUGGAGCUGCUGCUCAAUUACAGGAAGCCCAGUGGUGAAAAACAGGUUCCAACCUUGAUGAUGGACACGCAGUUCUCGGAGUUCACUCCGGACAUCACCCCGAUCAUGCUGGCCGCCCACACCAACAACUACGAGAUCAUCAAGCUGCUUGUGCAGAGACGGGUGACGAUCCCACGGCCACACCAGAUCAGGUGCAACUGUGUGGAGUGUGUCUCCAGCUCCGAGGUGGACAGCCUGAGGCAUUCCAGGUCAAGGCUGAACAUCUACAAAGCCUUAGCCAGCCCUUCUCUGAUUGCCUUAUCGAGCGAGGAUCCCAUCCUGACUGCAUUCCGGCUGGGCUGGGAGCUGAAGGAGCUGAGCAAGGUGGAAAAUGAGUUCAAGGCUGAGUAUGAAGAGCUCUCACAGCAGUGCAAGCGUUUUGCUAAGGACCUUUUGGAUCAAGCACGGAGUUCCCGGGAGCUGGAGAUCAUUCUCAAUCACAGGGAUGAUCAAAGUGAAGAGCUGGAUCCCCAAAAAUGUCACGAUUUGGCAAAGCUGAAGGUAGCAAUAAAGUAUCACCAGAAAGAGUUUGUUGCUCAGCCAAACUGCCAGCAGCUGCUAGCGACGCUUUGGUACGACGGCUUCCCAGGCUGGAGGAGGAAACACUGGGCAGUGAAACUGCUGACCUGUGUCACCAUUGGACUGCUUUUCCCCGUGCUCUCCGUGGCAUACCUGAUUGCACCCAAGAGCAGGCUGGGACUGUUCAUUAAAAAGCCAUUUAUCAAGUUUAUCUGCCACACUGGAUCUUACCUGACCUUCCUGUUCAUGCUCCUGCUGGCGUCGCAGCACAUCGUCAGGACUGACCUGCACAUGCAGGGGCCACCUCCCACCAUCGUGGAGUGGAUGAUCCUGCCCUGGGUUCUAGGUUUCAUCUGGGGAGAAAUCAAGGAAAUGUGGGAUGGUGGAUUCAAUGAGUACGUACAUGACUGGUGGAAUCUGAUGGAUUUUGCAAUGAACUCCCUCUAUCUUGCAACCAUCUCCCUUAAAAUUGUUGCCUAUGUCAAGUACAAUGGAUCUCGCCCGAGGGAGGAGUGGGAGAUGUGGCACCCGACCCUGAUUGCAGAAGCUCUCUUUGCAAUAUCCAACAUCCUCAGCUCCCUGCGCCUCAUCUCCCUGUUUACAGCCAACUCACACCUGGGGCCCCUGCAGAUCUCUCUGGGACGCAUGCUGCUAGACAUCCUCAAGUUCCUUUUUAUCUACUGCCUGGUGCUUCUGGCUUUUGCCAAUGGACUGAACCAGCUUUAUUUUUAUUAUGAGACCAGUGCCUCGGAGGAACCCAACAACUGCAAGGGGAUCCGAUGUGAGAAACAGAACAAUGCCUUCUCCACACUUUUCGAGACCCUCCAGUCACUCUUCUGGUCUGUGUUUGGGCUGCUGAAUCUCUACGUCACCAACGUGAAAGCCAGACACGAGUUCACAGAAUUUGUUGGGGCCACGAUGUUCGGGACCUACAACGUCAUCUCCCUGGUUGUGCUGCUGAACAUGCUCAUAGCCAUGAUGAACAACUCCUACCAGCUCAUUGCUGACCACGCGGACAUCGAGUGGAAAUUCGCACGGACGAAGCUCUGGAUGAGUUACUUUGAUGAAGGAGCCACUCUGCCCCCUCCUUUUAACAUAGUCCCCAGCCCCAAGUCGGUCUGGUACCUCUGCAAGUGGAUCCACAACCAGCUGUGCCCAGGUGAUGACUCUGAUGAUGAACAGAAGAGGCACGAGAACCUCAAAACAUUCACAGAACGACACGCUGACAACCUGAUUCAGAAUCAACAUUACCAGGAAGUGAUAAGAAAUCUUGUGAAAAGAUACGUCGCUGCAAUGAUAAGAACUUCCAAAACCAACGAAGGUUUAACUGAAGAAAACUUCAAGGAAUUAAAGCAGGACAUCUCAAGUUUUCGCUAUGAAGUUCUUGACCUCCUGGGCAACAGGAAGCCCCAGAGGAGAAGUUACUCCACCAGCAGCACAGAGGUGUCCCAAAAGGACGAAACAAACGAGGACGGUGCUGGAGAAAAAUCCAGAGCCAAGAGCGUGUCUUUCAAUGUAGCCAACAAAAAAAAGGACUUCAACGUGUCUGCUCUGAUUAAAACCAUGUCUGGGAUCAACAUGGUGGAAGAGAAGCCAAAAAGCAACGGGAUCAGCAAGCGCUCCUUUGUGAGGAACGGGAACAGAGUGCAGAGACUCUCCAGCUCCAAGAAGGAAUCCUUCAAGAGACUGGGGCUGCUCUUCUCCAAGAUGAACGGCCACGUCCCCGAGCCCAGCUCAGAGCCCAUGUACACCAUCUCAGACGGCAUCAUCCAGCCACACUACAUGUGGAAAGACAUUAAAUAUUCUCCCAUGGACAGAGAGAGGGAAGAGAAUUGUUCCAAAAGUGAAAUUAACCUCAAUGAGGUGGCCUACAGUGGGAACACGAGACUUACAGGACAGAGCAAGGAGUGCCCUGUGGUUUGUACCAGCUCCCUUCACUGUGCUUCCAGUAUUUGCUCCUCUAACUCCAAACUUAUAGACUCGUCAGAGGAUGUGUUUGAUUCAUGGGGAGAGGCCUGUGACUUGUUUAUAAACCAGUGGAAAGAGGGGCAGGAGGAUCACGUUACCACUCGGCUCUGAGCAAAGCUCUCUUGACUCUCACUGGAAAUCUCAGCCAAGUAUUGGUAAUUGUUUGCUCUCAUCUGGUUCAGCAUCACUGUUUCCUUUUCUGUCCACAGGUGAAAAAAAAGUGUAAACCUCCUUAUGUUACAGCCUAUUUUAUAGCCUUCUGCACCUUUUUUAAUUUUUUUUUUUUUUUUUUUACACUCACUAAUACUAAACUAAUGGUUUCAUCAUUUCAAAGGUUGCCAUAAACCACAGGAAUCCCUUUGGACGCAGUCUUAGUCUCCAAACCCCACAGACUUCAGGCAUGCAGGUGGCUGAGGAAAGGAUUUCUCCAGUGCUCCCAUCACCAUCCCACCCCAGCUGGGUUUCAGUGCUGCUGUCCAACACCAUUGGCUCUGCAUCCUGCUCAGUUUUCCUCAUCAACACAAACAGCUGUUGAGCAGGAGGCCGAGAAUCAUGCUGAAAGUAUUUUUUAAAAGGGUUUCGACCUGUAACUGGUUUUUUUUUUCGUUUCUUUUAAGCAAUAUGACUUGUUUUUUCAGGCCACUAUAUUAAUACUGUAAAUUAUUACUGAAUAUGAGACCCCUUUGAUCAUCCACCUGGAACAUGUUUUUGUUUUUGCUUAUUUACCUAAUUUCCCUUUUGGGGAGCAGAAGGACCUUCCAAUUAGGCUGACAGUGGGAGCCAGCACCUGGCCCUGCCUCCGACUCCUGUGUAGAUGAACUGAAAAGAAAACAACCCAAAACAACCCUGGCUGCUUGAAAUACAAACCUCAGAGUCGUUUCUAAUAGGCUGAAC